UAUCGAGUUCUCGAGUGAAACGUUGUAGUUUUGUGCCCCCUUGGAUAAGUGAAUUAGCUGAAGCGCAAAUUGAAAUUCUGUGGUGAAAUUCCUACGAAAAACAGCUGGGAAACAACACAUUUGGAAAACGGUCCUAUUAGACCAGAGCAUGAUCGCGCGCAACAGAUGUCAUCGGUGUGCUUCAAGGGCCACCAAAAUCAACCUUUGGAGUCUUUUCAUCAUACUGCUCUUGAUUGUUGGCCAGAGUAGCUCCGAGGCGGCCAGAAGGCGGAACAGAAGCGAGCGGUGCCCCAGGGUCCGAGCGAUGCGCAACUUCGAUCUUACCUCUAUGAUGGGCUACUGGUAUGUAAUCCAGUACUUUGCCUCGUCGGAAACUUUGGCGGAGUACUCUUGCAUGCAGAGCUCCUUCGGCAACUCGGAUGGUUUCGUGACGAUGAACUUCACCUACUAUUUCUCCGACGAUCCGCUCAAGAACUUCCAGCAGGGUAACAUCACCUGGGUCAUACCAAACUAUAGCCAACCAGCGCACUGGAUACACGCCGAGUGGACCUAUGAAGAAGUCUACAACACCUACGUCAUCGACACCGACUACAAGUCCUGGGGACUGGUGAUGCACUGCGCCGAGAAGACCAAAACCCAGAAGUAUCUGUCGGCAUUGAUGUUAUCCCGUCAGCCAACCCUCACCCAGAACGUGAUCAAUUUCCUGCGGGAGAAAUUGCCACGGUACGACAUUGACCUGCAGUACAUGUUCCCGAUUCCACAGGAAAAUUGUACCACAAGUGGGGCCGAGGAUCCUAAGAAGUACUUUAAAUAUGAAACAUUGUAACGUUAUGUGCCAGAAUUUCGAGAAUUGGUUGUAUAUGUAUAUAUGUUAUUGGAAAAAAAAAAUA